AAAUUUUAUAUUUUUAAAUCAUUGAUUUAUAUUCAUGAAAUUAAAUGGUUUUUUUAAUUGAAAAAUUAAUGUGAUUUGACUUUUAUAAUUAUCCGCUAGAUGAUAGUGAAUUAAUGAAAAAAAUAUAAAAAUUUUUAAUUUUACAAAAAAUCUUAUAUUUCUUGAGAUUUAAAUAUGACAUCCAAUUUUAUUGGGGAAAAAAAUUACAUCGCUCACUAAUGAAUUAAUCCAUUGGCUUGGCACUUGGGAAAAAGCAUAAAAGAAUCAAAACCAACCGAACGAUGAUAUUCGGUUCACCACGUGGCAGACCGAUAGCAGGUACAGCUAACCUCCAUUAACGGCCCAGAUUGAUCGUGGAACACUAAAUUGAAAGACCAAAGAGCAGCCAUGGGAGGAGGUGGAAAUAAGAGAAGAUCAAAUAACAAUAGAAAUAAAAACAACAGCUACAACAACAACAACAACAAUAACAAAACGAAGAGUAGCAGAGGAAGAUCAAGAACAGACCCCAAAUCUUCAUCUACUCGAAUCAGGAACUCUCUUUUUGUGGAGGGUGGUCUUUUAUCUGAUUGGCAGUUGGAUUCUCGAGGCAGGAAUAGAAAUGGAAAUUCAAAUUCUGGGUUGAAUCCCGAUAGAGCAAAGGCUUCUGCUUCUAAAAAUGGAUCAUCAAUGAAAUCUGGUGGGAGUUUUAUACGAUAUGAGUAUCCUUCACUCGAUAUUCAAGAUCCAGAAUCAAGUGUUCAGGUACAUAGGGGAGAUAAUAAAGUGGAUGAGUCACAUCCUAUUGUUUUGGUUGAUUCAAAGGAGACUCAAAUCAUUGCUUACAUGGAUCAAAACACACCUCCAAAGCCCAGUCAUGUAAAUUAUACUUAUGAAUACAGUUCAGAUUUUGUGCUAGGUGAUAGCUCUCAUGGAGGAUUGGGUUUUGAUGUCGAAUCAGAGGCAACCCCCAGUGGAACUGAGUCAUGUAUGAAGCAAAUGGAAGAACAAAAAGGAGCAUGUUCUAAUUUAUCAUCCUCUGGGAAGGAAAUGGAUGCUGAUGAUAAUCAUAGUAAUAAUGGCAAGGUGGAUGAUGACGAAGAAUUGUUUUCUGAUGAAUUGUCCCCAAAGAAAAAUUCAGGGUUUUUGUCAAUUGGAGGUGUGAAGUUAUAUACUAAAGAUAUGUCUGAUGGAGAAACUGAAGAGGACUAUGAUAGAGAGUCACUAGAUGAUGAAAGCCCUGAGACAACUGAUCAGGAGCAGCAAGAUGGAGUAUAUGGGAGUGAUGCCUCCGAAGUUUUGUCUGAUGAUGAUUCAGAUAUUGAUGAAGAGGUUGCAGUUGAUUACUUAGAAGGAAUUGGUGGGGAGGAUAGUGUUUUAGAUACAAUGUGGUUGGUAGGUCAGCCUUUGGAUGAAUUGAAUGAUGAUAGUUCUUCUAGCAGUUCUUUUGAUGAGACAUUAGAGAAGCUUGGUGGGAUUGCUCUCCAAGAUGCAUCUAGGGAAUAUGGCAUUCAGAAGAAUCAGUCAAGAAAGAAAUACUCUGGAGGUGCUAAAGAUGCUUGGUCACCAGCUUUGGAUGGUCUUGUGCUAGCAAAGGAACCAAGAACUGUGUCUGCUAAAAAGAAGCAUGUUGCCAGGUUUCCUCGCUCUUGGCCUUUACAGGAACAAAAGAGUAAACAUUCCCAAAAAUUUCCUGGGGAAAAGAAGAACCAUCGUAAGGAAAUGAUUGCUGUGAAGCGUCGUGAAAGAAUGCUUCGUCGGGGUGUUGAUCUUUGGCAGAUAAAUUCGAAAUUAGAGCAGAUUGUUUUGGAUGGGGUCGAUAUGUUUGCUUUUCAACCCAUGCAUCAUUGGGAUUGUUCCCAGGUACGAAGAUUAGCUGCAAUUUACCGCCUGUCUAGCGGAUGCCAGGGUUCUGGCAAGAAAAGGUUCGUGACAGUGACACGCACACAGUACACAUCCUUGCCAUCUUCCAGCGACAAACUUCGCCUGGAAAAGCUAAUUGGAGCUGGUGAGGGGGAUGCAGAUUUUGCUGUUAAUGAAGGCUUUAAUAUUACAGCAUUGGGUGCUGGUCGAACAAGAGCACAAAAGGUUGCUGAACGGAGUGGCAUGAAGAAAGUCAAUUCUAGUACCAUUGAUGAAUCAAGUGAGAAAAAGCGAAGUGGAAAAAAGAGUUCAUAUGCAAGUCAACCUAUCUCAUUUAUAUCCAGUGGCCUCUUGCCGUCAGACGCUGUUGAGAUUAGAACUAUGGAUUCUGAGGGUACGACAGAAACUUCUGAACAUAAGGGUAUCAUUAGCUCAGCAAAGUUUGGUGCAUUUGAGGUACACACAAAGGGUUUUGGAUCCAAAAUGAUGGCUAAAAUGGGAUUUGUUGAAGGUGGAGGGUUGGGAAAAGAUGGUCAAGGUAUGGCACAAGCAAUUGAAGUCAUACGGCGGCCUAAAUCACUUGGGCUGGGUGUGAAUUUCUCCAACGCAAACAGUGAUUCAGAGAAGGUUCAUGGUAAAACCAAUGGAGCCUCUGAAAAUUGUAUGAAAGGGUUUGGUGAGUCAUCGAGGGGUCAGCACAAAUCUUUUGGAGCUUUUGAAAAGCAUACCAAAGGUUUUGGAUCCAAGAUGAUGGGUAAGAUGGGUUUCGUUGAAGGUAUGGGCUUGGGCAAGGAUUCACAAGGCAUUGUUAAUCCUUUAGUUGCUGUUAGGCUCCCAAAAUCGCUAGGAUUGGGUGCUAACCGAUAGAAGUCAUGCCUCAAAUGAAGAUACAAAAGGCCAGGCACAGCAACAUUUGGAUACAACGGUUGUAAGGUUCAUUCAAUGUAUUUCUAGUUCCUUACUACCAAAUCAGAACAUUCACCUCACUUAUCAUACGUCUAAAUUUACUUACAG